AUGACUGUGUGCGAUAUUUUCGGAUCUGGGAAGUUCCAGGACAACUGCUACUUUUUUCUCAAACAAUAUAUUGGAAUCGAGUAUGGACCGGCUGGAUCAAAGUUUACCUCGCCCAUGUUUAGCUUUGUUUUCAACUUGGUGCUUGUGAUCACAUUUGCCAUACUUGGAAUGAAGAACCGGCCGAAAUGGUCUAAGAAGGAUUUCAUGAUUCGAUCAAAAUUAGACGAGCUAGACGAAGAGCUCAAGCUCAAAGAGAAAAGACAAGCCACUUCCGCUAUCUUCAAAGAACACAUGUUCUACAAGGAGCAGCUAAAAGAGACCAGGCUUCGGUUAAAAGGCCUGAAGGACGAUCACGAUACUCUGAUCAUCAAAACGCAAGAAGAAAAACUAGGCUUUGAGUCUCUGCAGCGAGGUCUCUCAACACUGGACGAUCAAUUCAAACGUUUCCAUAAUCAGAACAAGCAACUCCGAAGUAUGCAAGGAUUACUCGAGCCCGAUCUGGGAGAAGAAAAAGAAGAACCCUAG